AUGAGUUCCCCAUCGGCGUCUCCUUCCUCGCCUGCAGCGCUACGCCAGAUCCCGAUCGUGUGCCCAGGUCACUCUCGUCCCUUAGCAGAACUGCACUAUAGCGGUAGCAAUUUGUUGAUAUCUGCAUGUCAUGAUAAGCUCCCAAUGUUGCGGCACGGCGACUCUGGUGAUUGGAUUGGAACAUUUGAGGGACAUAAAGGCGCGGUCUGGAGCGCCAAGCUAGACAACGAGGCUGAAUUUGCGGCUACUGGUAGUGCUGAUUUCUGUGUCAAAAUAUGGGAUGCACUCACAGGCGACGUGGUCACGACGCUUGAGCACAAGCACGUUGUGAAGAGUGUGGCGUUCACAUUGGACGGUGCAAGACUUCUUACUGCCGGUCAUGAAAAGCUUUUACGAGUAUAUGACGUGCUGAGUAUAAAGGAGAAGUUACAGAAUUACAAGGCUGAAGGCCGCACGGGUAUCGUGGUAGAACCUUCGUUACCACUCGUGGAGAUGGCCACUUCCCAGCAGAUACGAAAGAUAGCUGUACUAAGCGACCAUUUAGCAGCCACGGGCGAAGUGGAUGGCACUAUUACUAUCUGGGACUUGGAUUCUUAUACACAAAUGCAGCAGUUUAAGGUUGAUAGUGACGUCAUGGAUAUGGAAGCUUCUAGAAAUGGGCAGGUGCUUACGGUCGCUGCUGGUAAACAGGUAUAUUUCUUUGAUACGAGCCAAGAUUUUAAACUUCUACAUGCAUUUCCCAUGCCCAUUUCGUUUGCUGAGGAGGGCGGCGCAUCGCUGCAUCCGACAGAAAGCAAAUUUGUAGCUGGUGGCUCGGAUACAUGGGUGCGUGUAUUUGACUUUAUGACAGGAGAGUUACUGGAGACGCAUAAGGGGCACCACGGACCCGUACGAUGUUUGCGAUACUCUCCAUCUGGUGACUCGUUCGCGACCGGCUCUGAAGACGGUACUGUUCGCAUUUGGCAGAAUGAUUCUAAAUCUGCUGCUGCUACGUCUGUCGCAGACACCACCGCUAGUUUGAGUUAA